UUUUCUCAAUCCCUUAUUCUCGGCCUUAUAUCUCGGUUGACAUCAUGGUCUGUAUGUAUAUAUGUAUGCGACCCACCUACUGUGCAGAAUAAUUCAGUUUUUGCUCAGUAAAUCUUCAUGGUAUCAAAGCACGAAGAACGAGCAACUGAAUCAUCAGAGAUGGACAUGGACUCAAACUUUCAGCCUUACAGAGUCGACUGGCUUGGAAAGUUCGUUCGGUGUGAGCUCACGUCAAGUCGCACACCUCGUGACUGGCCAAGAGAGCUCACUUGUCUCUCUCGUCUUAGAAAAACUCACCGGUGUCAACUACCGAGAAUGGGCCCAGACGGUGCGGCUCGCGGUAGAAGGUCAUGGCUGGUUAAUUCAAUAGCACCAACUAUGAAAGUUUUUUAUUUCUCCCAACAACUCGGGAGAUAUGGGACGUUGUGAAGGAGGCAUACUCAGAUGGGGAGAACGCUUCUCAAGUGUUUGAGAUUAAAUCCAAGCUAUGGCUCGUGAAGCAAGUUUUGAGGAUGCUGCUCGGUUUAGAAAACGGCUGGAGAAAGAACGACUGUAUGAGUCGCUAGUCGGACUUAAUUUAGACUUGGAUGAUUUUCGUGGCAGAAUUCAGAGUCUGGAACCUUUGCCAUCUGUCCGAGAAGCCUUUGCAAUGAUCUGGAGGGAGUACUCUCGAAGGAAGGUAAUGUUGAAAGAUGAACCCAUUUCUCGAACCAGUACCUUUGAAUCAUUUGCUCUUGUUGCCAAAUCUAAUGAUCCUAAAAGCACUAAAGGACGUCCCACGUGUGAACACUGUAAGAAAGUGGGCCACACAAAGGAUAAAUGUUGGGACCUCCAUGGUAAGCCACCCAACUGGAAGCCAAGAAAGGGAAAAAGUCGUGGAUAUGUUGCUGAAAGCUCUAUGGGAGAUGAUAAUUCACAGCCCUCAAAUGAUCAACUAAGUAAGAUCAUUGAAAUGCUGUCAGCCCUGCAAACUAAUAGGCAACCUAUUGCUACUGUGGUACAAAGAGGAUCUACUGACAGGGAUGAUGAUUGGUAGUGCUAAGGAAUUUGAUGGUCUUUACUACCUGGAUGGAAAUAAAGUCAGUAAUGUUAGGUCAUGCAAUAAAGUGUCUCUCCCUAAGACUAGUGAGUUGGAGUUGUAGCACAAACGUCUUGGUCAUCCUAAUUUCAAGUAUAUGUCAAAAUUGUUUACUUUAAUUUGCAAUAAAAAUGAUUAUUCUCAACUCUAU